GCGGCGGGCGCGGCGGCGGCGAUGAUCGAGCAGCAGAAGCGGAAGGUCCCCGGCGGCGGCCCCGGCCCCGGCCUGCCCCCCGGCCCCGCUCCCGGCCCCGCUCCCGGCCCCGGCCUGCCCCCCGGGCCCGCUCCCGCCCCCGGCGCCGCCCCCGCGCCCGACCUCCCGCUGGUGCCGGUGGCGGCCAAGCGGCCUCGCCAUGACUUGCCGGGAGCGCCGGGCACCGGAGGGGCACCGCCGGCCCCCGGGGCCCUGCUGCAGGCGGGUCCCCCCCGCUGCUCCUCCCUGCAGGCCCCCAUCAUGCUGCUCUCAGGGCAUGAAGGAGAAGUUUACUGCUGCAAGUUCCACCCCAAUGGCAACACCCUGGCUUCUGCUGGCUUCGACAGGCUCAUCUUGCUGUGGAAUGUCUAUGGGGACUGCGAUAACUUCGCCACGCUGAAGGGGCACAGUGGAGCAGUCAUGGAGCUGCACUACAACACUGAUGGCAGCAUGCUCUUCUCAGCAUCCACAGACAAGACCGUGGCUGUGUGGGACAGUGAGACUGGGGAGAGAGUGAAGAGGCUGAAGGGCCACACCUCCUUUGUGAACUCCUGCUACCCAGCCAGGAGAGGACCCCAGCUGGUCUGCACCGGCAGUGACGAUGGCACCGUGAAGCUGUGGGACAUCAGGAAGAAAGCUGCUGUCCAGACCUUUCAGAACACCUACCAGGUCCUGGCUGUGACUUUCAAUGACACCAGUGAUCAGAUCAUAUCUGGAGGCAUUGACAAUGACAUUAAGGUGUGGGACCUGCGCCAGAACAAGCUGACCUACACCAUGCGGGGACACGCCGACUCGGUGACCGGCCUCAGCCUCAGCUCAGAGGGCUCCUACCUGCUCUCCAACGCCAUGGACAACACAGUUCGCAUCUGGGAUGUGCGACCCUUUGCCCCCAAGGAGAGGUGUGUGAAGAUCUUCCAGGGCAAUGUGCACAACUUUGAGAAGAAUCUUCUCAGGUGCUCCUGGUCCCCAGAUGGGAGUAAAAUUGCUGGAGGAUCAGCUGACAGGUUUGUCUACGUCUGGGACACCACAUCCAGGAGGAUCCUGUACAAGCUGCCAGGCCAUGCUGGCUCAGUGAACGAGUUGGCAUUCCACCCCGAGGAGCCCAUCAUCCUCUCCGCAUCCAGCGACAAGAGGCUGUACAUGGGGGAGAUCCAGUGAAGGCAAGGAGGAGCUGCUGGCAGCUGUGCCCUGAUGCUCCAAGCUCUACAGCCAGCAGGUUGAUUUGCUUCUGCCCACUGCCAGCCCCUCUCCUACCCCUGGCAGUGGCAGGAGGCUGAGGCAGCUGGAUGUGCCAAGCCUCCCCCUGCAGGCUGCGGCAGCCUCACUCCACAGCUUUCCUCUCCCUUCUUCUUUGGGGGAGGAAGGAAAAAUUGGGAUUUGAAAGGAAUUUGGCUCUGGUUGCAGCACCCCACCUGAAAAUGGUAACCUCAAGUCCAUUGGUGGCUUGAGCAUGCCCUGCCUGUGUUCUCUUGGUGUUUUUAUACAGUCAGAACUGAAACAGAGAGCUUUUUACA